AUGGAGACGGCGGGCGUGCGGGGUGUCAGGGCCAUCGGCUUUCGGGGCAGAUGCACAGCUCUGUGUUGCUCGGCGAGGACGACCAGGUGGUCGACCGCCAUACUUUGGAACGACGUGCGGACCACGGCCCAGUGCCGGUUCAUCACCGAACGGGUUGGGAAAGCCGGGCUCCGGCGGUUGGUCGGCAACCCCGCGCUGGAGGGUUUCACUGCGCCCAAACUCCUCUGGGUCCGGGAACAUGAGCCUGAACUGUUCGAAAAGGCCCGCGUACUCCUCCUGCCCAAGGACUACGUCCGGUUAUUGAUGACAGGGGUUCUGGCUACCGAACCUUCCGACGCUGCCGGAACACUUCUGUUUGACGUGAAGCGGGGACGUUGGUCCGAGGAGAUGAUCACGGGCAUGCAGUUGGACCCUGGGAUGCUGCCACCAGUGUUCGGUUCGUCCGAAAUCACGGGAACACUGACCGAGGCCGCCGCCAACGCAUUGGGCCUACAGCGGGGCACGCCGGUCGUGGGAGGCGCCGCCGACAACGCCGCGGCGGCUGUUGGGUCGGGUGUCGUCACGCCCGGAUCCACGCAGACCUCGAUCGGCACCUCAGGCGCUGUGGUCGCGCCCAUCGACCGGCCGCGCGUCGAUCCGGGCAUGCGCAUACAUUCGUUCAAUCACGCGGUGGACUCCACCUGGUACCUGAUGGGCGUAGCGCUAUCGGCCGGCGCGGCCCUCGGGUGGUACAGGCAGACGCUCGCCGGUCCGGGAGGCUCGCUUCCCGACUACGAAGAACUGAUCGCUGAGGCGGCCGCGACUGACCCUGGCGCAAAUGGACUAACGUUCCUGCCGUACCUGACCGGCGAACGAACGCCGCAUGCCGACUCGAACGCCAGGGGGGCAUUUUCCGGACUGAACGCCGCCCACAGGCGCGGCCAUCUCACGCGAGCCAUCAUGGAAGGCGUCACCUUUGCGCUGCGCGACUCUCUCGAACUAAUGCGGAAGUUGGGAGUGGACGCCACUGAGAUCGUCGCGGUAGGCGGGAGGAGCGCGCAGCGACGUGUGGCGGCAGAUGCAGGCGGACGUGCUUGCCGUCCCGGUCGUGAGGGUGGGGCCGUCAGGCGGGGCGCCCUACGGCGCGGCAAUUCUCGCCGCAGUGGGGGCAGGGCGCUUUUGCGUCGGUGCCCGAGGCCUGCGACUCGUGGCUGA